UUUCAUUGAAACGCCUUGUUGUUUCCAAGGAUAGGAAAGAAGUUCACAGGCUUUAUCUGAGGUUUGGAAGACAGAGGGCACCACCAGAAGAGAAAAGCCUAGAAGCUCUUUUUGGAUUUCCCUGGAAGUCGAGUACCCGCCAAAUUGACGGGAAAGGAUACAUUUUAGAACAGUGACCGCGAGCCAUCGAAUCGAAAAGGCUGCAGUAGCAACUGAGUUAGAAGCGUGCAACAUUGUUGCAGUGAGGUUGUGCUGUGACUGCGCGAGCGCGAACAAGGGAAUAGCACACAGCAAUGGUUAACUUGAGAGCAUUUUAUCAGACUUUUCUAUUGUAAACUUUUCUCAAAUUCGAAUUAAAUCCUUGAAGUUUAACAGGAAUACAAUAUAUUUUCUAAAAGGAUAAAGAAUGCCGGACCAAAUUACAGUUUCGGAGUUCGUGGCGGAGACAAAUGAAGAUUAUAAAGCGCCAACGGCUUCAAACUUCACCACUAGAAUGUCCCACUGUAGGAAUACCGUUACUGCUUUGGAGGAGGCGCUGGAUGUGGACCGCAGCGUGCUGUACAAGAUGAAGAAGUCAGUCAAGGCCAUCUACACCUCGGGUCUGGCCCAUGUGGAGAACGAGGAGCAGUACACCCAGGCUCUGGAGAAGUUUGGGGAGAACUGUGUCUACAGGGAUGACCCCGACCUGGGCUCUGCCUUCCUCAAGUUCUCGGUCUUCACCAAGGAGCUCACUGCCCUCUUCAAAAACCUGUUCCAGAACAUGAACAAUAUCAUCACCUUCCCUCUGGACAGCCUGCUGAAAGGAGACCUGAAAGGAGUCAAAGGGGACCUGAAAAAGCCAUUUGAUAAGUCCUGGAAAGACUAUGAAACCAAAGUCACUAAGAUUGAGAAGGAGAAGAAAGAGCAUGCGCGGCAGCACGGCAUGAUCCGCACUGAGAUCAGCGGGGCGGAGAUCGCAGAGGAGAUGGAGAAGGAGAGGAGGUUCUUCCAGCUGCAGAUGUGUGAGUAUCUUCUCAAAGUGAACGAGAUCAAGAUCAAGAAAGGGGUGGACCUACUCCAGAAUCUCAUCAAAUAUUUCCACGCACAGUGCAAUUUCUUUCAGGAUGGGCUGAAAGCAGUAGACAACCUCAAACCAUCCAUAGAGAAACUAGCCACAGACUUACACACGAUAAAGCAGGCCCAGGACGAGGAGAGGAAGCAGCUCACUCAGCUACGGGACGUCCUCAAGUCAGCGCUGCAGGUGGAGCAGAAGGAGUCUAGGAGAGAUUCCCAGGUGCGACAGAGCGCUACCUACAGUUUGCACCAGCCACAGGGCAACAAGGAGCACGGUACUGAGCGCUGUGGGAACCUCUACAAGAAGAGUGACGGGCUAAGGAAAGUGUGGCAGAAGAGAAAGUGUUCAGUGAAGAACGGAUACCUCACCAUAUCACAUGGGACGGCGAACCGACCGCCGGCCAAACUCAACCUUCUCACCUGUCAGGUGAAACACAACCCAGAAGAGAAGAAGAGCUUUGACCUCAUUUCACAUGACAGAACGUAUCACUUUCAGGCCGAGGACGACCCAGAAUGUCAGAUAUGGAUCUCUGUGCUGCAGAACAGCAAGGAGGAAGCGCUGAAUAAUGCCUUUAAGGGGGACCAGCACGUUGGAGAGAACAACAUCGUCCAGGAACUGACCAAGGCCAUCCUGGGAGAGGUCAAGAGGAUGACCGGCAACGACAUCUGCUGUGACUGUGGAGCGCCCAAUCCUACCUGGCUCUCCACUAACCUGGGCAUCCUGACGUGUAUAGAGUGUUCUGGGAUCCACAGGGAGCUGGGAGUCCAUUACUCUAGGAUCCAGUCCCUCACACUGGAUGUCCUCAGCACCUCCGAACUCUUGCUGGCCAAGAACGUGGGGAAUGCAGGCUUUAACGACAUCAUGGAGGCUUGUCUAUCUGCGGAAGAUGUGGUCAAACCCAACCCUGCCAGUGACAUGCAAGCCCGUAAGGACUUCAUCACAGCAAAGUACACAGAGAAGCGUUUCGCCAGGAGGAAGUGUCCAGACGGGGCGUCUAAGCUGCACACGCUAUGUGACGCGGUCAAGGCCAGGGACAUCUUCUCUCUGAUCCAGGUGUACGCGGAGGGAGUGGACUUGAUGGAGCCCAUCCCCCUGGCCAACGGACAUGAACAAGGAGAGACGGCCCUUCACCUAGCGGUCAGACUAGUGGACAGGACCUCGCUCCAUAUCGUUGACUUCCUCACUCAAAACAGUGUGAACCUGGACAAGCAGACAGCCAAAGGCAGCACGGCCCUCCACUACUGCUGCCUGACUGACAACAUGGAGUGUUUAAAACUGCUGCUGCGGGGCAAGGCAUCCAUAGACAUUGCUAAUGAGUCUGGGGAGACGCCGCUGAACAUCGCUAAGAGACUGAAGCACCUACAGUGUGAGGAGCUGCUGAACACAGCGCUGGCGGGGAAGUUCAACGUCCACGUACACGUAGAGUACGAGUGGCGUCUGCACCAUGAAGACAUGGACGAGAGUGAUGAGGACCUUGAUGAGAAGGUGAGGCCCAGCCCCCACCGGCGAGAGGAGCGCCCGGUCAGCUGCUACACCCCUGGCUCCAACGCCCACCGCCAGCCCAGCCCUGCUUCCCUGGCACGGGACGCUGCCAGCCUGGCCAAGGACAAGCAGCGUGGUGGGUACAUGCCUAACCUGGUCAACAACGAGACCUACGGCACCAUCCUCAACGCCAGCCCCCCCGCGCCCGGGGGGCCCACCCCCACCUCCGCACCCCCUCUGCCCCCACGAAACAUAGUCCAGUUGUCAGGUCUGGGCGGGAUGGUCCAGUCAUCAGGGUCCUCUGGGUGGAAGCCUGGCUCUAUAGACCUGGGGGUCCGACAGAGGUCCUCCUCAGACCCCCCCAAUAUCCACCCCCCCGUACCCCCCAUGAGGGUCACCUCAACCACUGGUCUUGCUCCUCCCCCCGUGGCCAAGACAGUGAGUAUGAUGGAGGCGAUGAACCAGCAGUCUAAACCAGGGACCGGACAGGGCCACAACAGAGCCCCAACACCCAAGUCUCCUUCUGGCAACGACAAAAGCUUCAGCAAAGGACCGACUCGAACUGGGUCCAUCGAAAGACCAGCUAAAGAAGUGCCGGGAUGCCCCCAGAACUCAAUAGGUCAACCGCUGCCUCCCGCCCCCAUGCCUAGGAAGACCUAUCCGAAGCAGAGGCCCAAGCGGGUGAAGGCCAUCUACAACUGUAUGGCGGACAAUGCAGACGAGCUAACCUUCUCUGAGGGGGAGGUGAUUGUGGUGGAUGGGGCGGAGGACCAGGAGUGGUGGCUGGGCCACAUCGAAGGAGAACCAAUGAGGAGGGGGGCUUUCCCCGUCACAUUCGUACACUUCAUCAUGGACUGAAGGUCAAAGGUCACCGGAGGUCAACACAUGGACUGACCUGGGAUGGAAAUGCCCUUCACGAAAUUAUCUUUGUCAUCAUCAUCAAGCUUGUGCCUGCACUGACACUAAAGAAGAGUGAAGUGUUGCUGCCCAAUGCUUUGGCUAUACAAUGUGUUGCCAUGACAACAGAUCCACCCUUUACUCCAGGAAUGUCAUGUGACGUCAUAUCACUCCUUUAGGCCAAGCCUGCAAAGGCUCAUGGGGAAACUGUGUUUAGACUUCUGACACCAUCUGACAUAAAAAAACAAAAACAAUGAUUGUAGUAGGUAACCUCUUGCAAUAAAAUGCACUUUCUGCUUAUUUAUCCAGGUCGCGACAUUUAGAGGAUUAUUGACAAAAUGAAGGUUCUGUUAAUAAGUAUUUCACUCUGUUGUCUUCGGUUUGUGAAUUGUACAGAAAGUUCUUCAAGGACAGCUGACAGGGACAGUACUGUUUAUCUUUAGGAUUUCUUUCACUUAUCAUUAAUGUGAAUAUAGUCGAUAUGCUUUGCAUUGUUAAAGGGUGAUUAUUAUUUAUUUUUUACACAUAACUGCUUAAUAGGCAAAGACAUGUUAACUUUAUAGGACUCACAAUGUGGGAAGCAAAUUCAGUGGUGUAGUGGUGCCUGCAAAAGUGGGUAUACUAUAAUUUGGCCAAAAAAUUCCAAAAGGCCCGCCUGGUGACGGAAAGGCGCCUGUAUGAAAAAUUAUAUGACAAAAAGUGACACUGAAUGACCUAAAAUGAUCAAUCCCAUAUUGGUCUUUCACAGUCAGGCCAACCCAAGCUGUACUGUGCAGUAGGCUAAUAGUAGGCCUACUAUUGAAAUGCAUAAAUGAGGCCAUCAACUGAGUCCAUAAAUUCAGAGUUCAGAUUUUUAUUUUUUAUUUUUUACAGGUUUUCACUCUAAGUCACACUUUUUAAUAGAAAAACAACAAAAUUGGAUGUUGUAAGUCCACAACAAUGCCACAGCAGGAGACCACUUUUGAGGUAUGGGAAAAAUCUAACAAUGACUUUUUUUUGCAGUAAUUAACCUUUAAUUAAACUGUGCAGACGCCUAGCACUGUUUGGUUAGCAGUGUUUCUGUAGCACACAUGAGAUGGAGUUUUCAAAACAAAUGGCCACUGGAUUGAUGGAAAUAAUCAUGCUGCCAGGUAGGCAUAGGCUACUUUGGAGCUAGUUAACAUUUUAAUUGAAAGUUUUUUGGGGAAAGCCUUUCCAUCUAGGCUACCAGAAGACUGUUAGGCCUAUCAUUAGCUUCGCUAUAUUUUUCCUGUUCCUUAAUUGUUUGAAACCUUGACGUUUUACUUCAUAUUAUGGGGCAUGUCUUACUUUCUACAAAGUAGCCUAUAGUCAAAAUCCCAUCAUAGAAACGUGGAGGUAAUUAAUUUAUAAAGACAUCCUCAUAUUCACGCUCCUGUUCUAUUGGUUUUAAAAUCAACUUUCUUUCAUUGUUUAUCAGACAAAGGCAUUAUCGUAGUCAUAUUAGCAACCCAUGAUAGUUGUUGCAUUUUUAGAUCUUCCCUCUUUCAAAAUGUCUCUGUCCAUGAAACCGCUCGCAUUUUAGAAUUGUGUUUCCCCGCAAAUUGCAUUUUGGAACAUUUGCGUGUAACCCUACCGCCAUGUGCACAUUACUGUGCUUAAAAUGUGAAGAAAUAAUAGUUUAUCAACAUUUUAAGCUAAACAUUCUGAUCUGUUCCAUCAGCCGUAUUAAUUGAUACAGCGUAUACCUCCACCACACCACUGGGCAAACGUAAUUCAAAAUGGUGCUAGCCCAGUAAUAUGCUAGGAGCCCUUCCCUAGGGGUGAUCCACUGUCCCCAUUUCUAGACAGCCCUUGGUAACAUGGUAACAACAUGGGGUUGCUGGGGGUAUAUUUAGGCCUCUAUUGAUCUGGGAGAACCCAGGCUCACUACCCUACUGUGUGUGCGUACCUGCAUGUGCAAAUCAGCUUGAAACAAUAUAAGUUACUUACAGCACAUCGUCUCCAUUUAGAUGGCCUACAGUGUGGUACCAGAUUUACUGCAUUAAUACCCAUCUCUGACACAUUUACUAGCUGUUAUAAAAUGCCUAAUUGUUGCACUUCUUACCCACCUGCUAUAAUAUCAAUAUCAGUGAAAUGGAUGUUGUGAACUAUCUUAGCUGCAUAGAUCACACUUUAGUUGUGAAACACCUCCAUCUUUCUGUGGCUCUGGUCAAAAGUAGUGCACUAUAUAGGGAAUAUGAUGCCAUUUGGGACAUAGACAGUGAGAGGGGUUUAUGCACCUCCACGGGGUGAGGGUGAUGGCUCCUGUCCUGUGCCUUUUAUCUGUAGUGGACAGCAGGCUACCAAAUGGCACACACACACAGAGGUACAUGUGGACACACAUGCACAUAGUUGUCAUUGUACUAAAAAUUACUUGUCCUUUGAGGUGCCAUUGUAAGGGGGAUGGCAAUACCAGAUGACACACUUCAAAGGACAAUGCAAAUACUUUUACGCACACUUUCUCACUCACUCACACACACCUACCAUAGUAUUCAAUCUGAUUAAUAGUGCUCAGCCUAGGAUUCUACCAUAUUCCACAACUUUAUUACUAGCUGGGACCAGCAUUAGUUACAGACUACCCUUGUUUUAUAUAUCCUAGGUCCCAUACUGAAGAGUAUGUUUUAAAAUUAUAAGCAUUUGAUGUCAUGUCUGAUUUUGGUUGCAGGGCAACUCUCUCUGUACAUGUUUGAUGUUUAAUCUUAAAUGGGACAUACAGAACUCUCGAUUGUGAAUGAACUACGAUAGACGACGACAACAGGAGGUGUCGCAUGUGAUAAAUGUACCUGCUACACUAUUCCUCCCCAUAUUAACUCACUGGAAAUAGGAUGGUUAAUCUGUAAAUGUUAUAGAUUUUGUUUGUUGAUAUUUAAAUGUAUAAAAUAAGAGUUAAUGACCUUGGCAGUAACUGUCUUUUAAUGCACUGUGAUGACGUGCUGUUGCCAGAUUGUACUCCAGCUGGUGUUCAGUGUGUAGACUAGUAGUGUACACGCAAACCAAGGCUGAGAAGCUAUUCCAUUCAUACUCAUUGACUCUAACCUAUUGUGCAAAAUAAAUGGGAAAUUGAAACUGGAAUAAUACAAUGAAAUAAUUCCCAGUG